UAUUGGAGCCACUCUUGGCUGAUUGCUCCAUACUCCUUGUUGAGCAAUAAUCUCAGAGGAUAAACAAGUAUCCUAAACAAGCUUCAGUUAUGGAGAGGUCUGAUCAAGAACAAGAGCCAUCUGACUCUCAAAAGACGGCAGAAAAACAGAUCAGAGACUUUGCAUCUCGGAAACCUGCAGCGAAAUGGGAUACGGAAUUGGUAAUAUUAUUCUAUAUUUUAUCUGUGUCACUGGAUCCUUUGUUACUCUACAGUCUUAUCCUCAACGACGACAGGAAGUGUGUCGUAGUGGACACAAAAUUGGGAAAAAUAGCUAUUGUUUUGCGAUCAUUGGCAGAUCUCUCCUUUAUAGGGCACAUUAUUUAUGAGAUUUCUGGUGAAGCAAAACACCUGAGAAAAGAGAUACCAGGAUUGAGUACGUCUGAUAUGGUGAGAAUUGGGAUGACAAUAUUCCGGUGGCAGUUAAGAAUCCCAAUGGCCAUUUUAGCUGCUCUUCCUGUUCCGCAAAUGGCAAUUUUAGUUUUCUUUCCAAUGCUGAGGGCCUCGAGAGCUGUGAACAGAAUGAGGAUUAUGAAUUCACUUAUUCUGUUGCAAUAUGUGCCACGAAUUUACCCAAUAUACAGAGACUGCAAAAAUCUUAAUAAGAAGAAACUCGACAAUUAUAUUUCUGACCUAGAGCGUAAAACAUGGGUCCCAGGGCUUCUCAAUUUCAUCCUAUAUAUCCUUGCUAGUCAUGUAUUCGGAGCAUUUUGGUAUUUCUUUUCUAUUCAACGACAGAUAGAAUGUUGGGGAUAUGCUUGCCAAAGUGGAAAUGGAUGUGAGUUCCGUAUUUUUGAUUGUGAUGAUGGUACACUCAGAAAUGUCACACUUCUAAAUGAUUUAUGCCCCGUAAAUCCAUCAAAUGCAAAAGUAUUCGAUUUUGGUAUAUAUCUUGAUGCUCUCCAAUCUGGCAUGUUGGGGUCAACAGAUUUUCCGCGAAAGGUCUUGCAGUGUUUCUCCUGGGGAGUACGAAAUCUAAGAUUUCUCUCAUUUUCCUAGUGGAUUCCAGUCCCUUGUUUCUUCUAGGCUUACACUUGUAAGGCCAUCCCCAAUGGUUGGGGCUCUAAAAAUAGUUUAUAGAGCCCCAUUUAGAGCUCCGAUGGAAUCUUUGGGGCUCUAAAGGUAUCUCUCCCACAGUGAGAGGCUCUAUAUUCGGGGCUC